UCAACACUCAACUGUCAUUUGUCAACAUGGCGACUGCGGUGCUUGAAUUCGAGCCAUGGUUGAUUGAUAAAUUAAAGUCAUUAAAAACUGAUGAAGGCGUGUUUGGCUCAUACAUAUCUGGUAUAUUGGAAAGCGAGGAAUCUAUAGAUGAGAAGAAAGAUGCUUUAGAAGGCAUACUAUCUGAGAUUGUGGAAAGAGAUAUAACAAUUCACGUUAACGAAAUAAUAGAUAAGUGGGAGCUCUGUAAGCCUAAAGAAGAAAUUACAAAACCCAAAGAUGUAGAUAUUCAAUUGGCUAAAUUGUUAGAAUCUCAGUCAUUAGCGACCACAAGUCGACGGGAGUAUACUGACGAAGAGAAGAAAAUACGAGAAGCAAUAUUAUCUCAGUAUAGUCAGCUCUCUGAUAAUGAGGAAGAUAAAAAGAAAGCAGAAGAGCCAGAUUGUCAAGAUUUAGUAAAAAAUACAAAUGCUUUAGAUGUAGCUGCCGCUGCAAAGGAACGUAGAGAGCAAGGGCGACUGGAGGCUCAACGCAAAAAAGAAAAAGAUAAAGAGGACAGAGAGAAGCAGAAGGCAUUAAAAGAAGAGAAAAAAGAAAAGCGCAAAACACUAAAAGUUGAAAGAAAGAGGUAGCAACCCCAACAGUCUAAAGCCACAUAUGCCUUUUGAGCUUGCAUUUAUGAAGAUCAAGUUUGUCCAUCAUAGUAGUCAUAACUACAUUAUAUUGAUCUUAAAUUUUGGAGAUAUUGUAUUAAGUUUUAAAUUUAUUUUCAAUAAAAAGUAGCACAAUAUACUGUAGUAUGUAUACAUAGUAUACACUUUAUUGUGAAAAGUAAUUUAAUGACAAACAAUAAACAUCUCUAAGAUUUAUUAUUAUAUAAUAAUGAU